UACAGCCACACACGGACUUCGAGAAACAGCGACAGAAAUGGCAAACCCAUCUUCCAAAGCUACAGUUCUCUUUUCUCAGGAGCCGCAAACGAUAUCUUCUACUGCCGCGGCGGCGACUACCUCCACAAAUUCCGAUGAUAGGACUAACUCGCUCGAGGCUCAAGUUAUACCUUUCUUUAAACGCGUGGGAUCUGACGAUCCCAACAUAGAAAACUACACUUCCAAAGACUUUUACUCCAAUCUCUUAUGUAAUACUCUCAAGACCCACACCGUCCGACGUGGCCACGUCUCCUGCUUCGUCACCGUCAAACCCUCUAUCUCCAAUUAUUUUGGUGGAUUGCAUGGAGGGGCUGUUGCAGCAAUAGCGGAAAGAGUGGCGGUUGCGACGGCGAGGACGGUGGUUGGUGAGGAUAAGGAGAUUUUCCUUGUUGAUUUAGGAAUGUCUUAUCUUUCUGCCGCUCCAAGAGAUGCAGAGCUGAUAGUUGAUGGAUCUGUUGUGAGAAGUGGAAGGAAUAUAACUGUAGUUUCGAUCGAAUUCAAGAUGAAGAAAACUGGGAAAUUGACCUAUACUUCUCGUGCUACCUUCCAUAACUCACCCGUUUCCAAGUUAUGAAGUU